ACAAAAAAUUAAAAAAAAAAACUAAGUAAUUAAUAAAGUAAACAAAAAAAUGAACUAAGCGCAGCUUAUACGGACCGAGUGAUAUUCUUCUACUCAAGAAGUCGCAUUCUAAUACCCUCAAAAACCCUAAUUUUCAGUUUCAAAAUCAAGACGACGCAUAUCAUAUGAAUCAAUUUUUCCCCAAUUUUUCAUAAAUUGAAUUCGAUUGAAGGAGAGAGAAGAAGAAAUGUGGAGGAGGGUUUGGAGCAGCAGCAAUGGAGGAGGAGAAAUUGGGGGAGGUAGCUCAAUGAUGAUGCAAUGUGUGAGAUAUAUGUCGAAGAAACGAGCUGAAAAUCUGAGGAAGAUAAACCCUAAAGUUCCCUACUCUGAAGCUACCUCCAUUGCUCAAAAUCUCUUCAAUUUGAUCCAGAAUCGUGGCCCUGUCACCAUUGGCAGUGCUUGGACUAACGCACAGGAAGCUGGUAUCAGUGGAAUCGCUAGCAAAACACACAUGAAGAUACUACUGAAAUGGAUGAGAGGCAAGAGGAUGCUGAAGCAGGUUUGCCAGCAGAUAGGUUCAAACAAGAAGUUUCUGCUAUGCACGCCUCAAGACUCUGAAGCUAUGCAAGCAGCCUCGACACCUAGAGUGAAGCUGCGAACCCAAAAAUCUGCGAAAUUAAGGAAAAAACGCAAGUGAUAUGCCCUGUCGCAGAUUACCUUUCCCUCAUAAAAUAAUCUAGUCUCAUGAUUAGGCUUUCCCUUUGAUAAAUCGUGUUAUGAUUGUUUUCCUCCUCGUUGAUCUAAACUUAGAUGAAUUAGAAUGAUAUUUCUCUUCUUUCUCUUUCUGAACAUAUUACUUUACUGUAGCGGCUGCAAUCGAUGUUUUAGCAGGCUGUUCUGCAUCCUAGGGAUGUGAUUUUCAGAACUCAUCAAAGUUCCUGUUUGAGAUUGUGCUUUCGAUUUUAUGCUCUACCA